GCAGACCAUACAGAGUCGCGGGGGUGGGUAGCAAGAGGGAUGGACGGCUGCACUAGCCUGCCCCGAGAACAGUUGCUAGGACGAAGAUGUUCCGGGUAGAUUGAGGGACAACCUUCCUGGAGGUGCACCGACGAAUGGGUCUUGCUGAAUGGACUGAGGAGUCUGUGCGAGGUGGUGUGAACCAAGGGGGGCGGCCAGGGAUGCCGAAGGAUAACCAUAGCCGACCACGCUCUGCGAAGGGCCCGGGAAAGACACACUCGGAAAUCCAACAUGGCGGCCAUCUGAAGUCGGGAAUGUAGAAGGAGCAGAUAAAUUCGAACCCAAACGAGACAGGAGCGGCGAAGUCGAUGGUAAACUAACAUUCCACGACAACAUAGUAUUUGGCAAUGAUCUUGUAGACAAAACUGCUGUGCCAUAAGAUGGAAAAGCUGGAGCUAAAAUACUGUUAUUUCCAGCGAUCGAGAUUUCCAGCGAACGAUUGUGAUAUACGUCUGGCAAAGGCGAUGAGGAAACAAACACCAUUGAGUCAACAUUUGAAAUAGUUGAUCCAGAUUCAAGAGGAAUUAAACGAGGCAUCAGUGAUGCUCGAAGUGUUUUGAACGACUAAAUGUCACAACUGAGAAUGAGCUACUGGCGUAAACAUUUGCCAAGCUGUCCCUGGGGCCCCCUAUUCUGAUAACAAGUACAACAACUCAGCUCGUUCUUAAUAUAAUUUAUUUCAUAAAUCCAAUUAACAUGUUUUUAAACGAGAACAAUGGGCCAUCAAAACGUGUUUUUAAAUUCAAAACGAAAUUCAAAUGUUGCUAUCAGCCCAGCGUUCUCUUAGCCUGCGAUUCAUCUAGUCAACAUUUUUCGCACGUUUUAAUGAUUGUUUACUGUUUAGUGCCAUCUCGUUUCGAUUUUACUUUAUAGUUUAAAGCCAGCAUUAAACGUUUUCGUUAUGAAUGAAAAUAUGUUCCAAUUUCGGGUACAAGGACAGAAAAGGCCGAAUAUUAUCGAGAUUGAAAUGGUGUUGAUAACUAAAUCAAAAUACUCGGAAUGUUCCAGUGUGCUUCUAUUGACCGGGCGGGAGUCUGCUUACGAUUAUCGAUUGGAGAAUUGUCUAGACUACAACAAUAAGGAAUAUAUACCACUACUUGACAGAUUCCUACUGAGUGGUGUAACAGUUAAUGAUACUGUUUACCUUAGACGGGAUGACUGUAGCAAAGAAGAUUAGAAUCAGGGUACGAUUUCAUACUUACUGCCAACAGCUGAUGCACAUGCACACUGCCAGUGGUCCAGUGAUUAUCCAUGGCCCAGAUUUGAUAAAUGGUUACCAAUAUGAUGAUUUCUUUCUGGGUGUCAUUACUAAUGUGCACAAUAAGCAGGGAACAAUGUAUACAUGGUUCCAUAACGGGAAUCCCAUUCACUUUGGAGAGUUCUUGUCAACGUUAAGAGUUGAUGAACCAGGAAUAUAUUAUUGUAAACUCAGUUACAAUGGAAUUGAACUUGUAUCUUCUUCUGUGAAUAUUGUGACCAAUACAUCAAACCAAAAUAAAGAAACGUCCCAUAAUCAUUCUAAAGAGUUCAGCCAUUCCAUAGCAAUGGGAGAGUCCAGCACAAAACUUGAAAGUGAUAAAAAUAUCCUGCCUCCAUUUCUAUUACCUCUCUAGUGAAAAGUGGCAAACUGGAUAUACCUCAAAAGAUAGUGACACACCAUUGUUUUAUGUAAAUUUGAAAUAAUUCAUAUUUGAUUAUAAUUAAAUGCUCUUGAACAGCCAAGGUUAUUUUGUGAACAUAUCUAUUGUAAUCAUAUUUUACAUUGUGUUAUAUAGUUAGAGUAUUAAUGUUUUAAUAAGGUGAUAGAUGGUUUUGGUCUUUAAAUUAAUGGUUGAUUAAUUUUACAUAUAGUAUGCACGAAGAAGAUCAAUUUUAUUAUUUAUUUGGUGUUAUCUUUUGGUUAUACCAUUAUGGCACUCAGUUGUAACACUGUUACAAGUGUUACACAGUGUUAAACAAUGUUACAUAUUCUUACAUAGUGUUCCAGUGCUACGUAAUGUUACAUAGUGUUACAUGGUGUUACACACACUAACCCUACCCCUAACCUAACCCUACCCCCACCCCGAACCCUACCCCUAAAUAAAGAUAGUGUAACACUUGUAACACUGUUACCCAAGUAUAUACUUAAUAAUACACUCUAAAUCAUGCAUAAUAUGUUUUUGGUUGAUUAUUACAUUGAGCCCAGCGAGAUAAUAUUGGUAUCCAAAACAAACAAGGUGUGCAAUUUACAGGCAAAUGGCUAAACAAAGGUCGGCUUUUUACUUUUGUAUAACAACAGCAUUUACAUUAGUAUUAAAAUAUAUUAUAUGUUCAUAUAGAACUCUUAAGCAGGCCGGAACUACUGGGGGAGGGGAGGGGGUGCGGUAAAUUUGGCUUUGGCAUUUGAAGUUUGGUGUAUAUUUUAUUUUUGACGGAUAUUCUAUCAUGGCCUGCUGACUUGGAUGGAUGUUUUUAUCGUCGAAAGCAAUUUAAAUACUUUUGUUAAUGAGACGUUUUGAAUAUUAAACCGUGCGUUGGAUGAGGUUAAGUAAGACUCUGCCGUCUUGGAACUUUGUGGAAUGUCUUUUGCUAGGUUUGAUGCUACCUCAUUGAAAUGUGCGCUUAAGCUAUUUGCGAUCUCCUCUGGUUUUGUCACAUUUUGAUUGUCAUGUUGGAUUUCGGAUAUUAAAGUUGUUUUUGACUUUUUUCCUGUAAGUUUAUUAAUCGUUUUCCACAUUUCUUUGGGGUUUUUUUUCGCAUCCAUUCCAAGUGUUCCUAAAAUAAGUCGAUUUUGUAUUUUUAAUUAAUCUGUUUAGAUUGUUACGUGUUCGCUUAUAGGCAUCAUGAAACUGUUUCGAUCCUGUUUCAACUGCUUUUUUUUCCCAAAAAUCUCUUUGUUUCAUAACUUCCCUAAUAUUAUUUGUGAUCCAUUUGCAUUUGUAUUACGAAAUGUAUUAUUGACGGUAUCUUGAUUUCAAUCAAACACUUGGUUUUUUAAAAAUUGUUUUAUGUUUCCUGCAAGGGUAGAUGUCCCUCUUUGGUUUAGAUGUAGUCCAUAAUCAUUGAGAUGAAUUUUAGUUAUAUUAUCAUGUUUAAGACCCCAAUUAUGCUCAGUACAUAGUUCAUCUAGUUUCUUAUUAAAAACAUUUACCUUGUCGGCAAGAUUCGCAUUAUCAUUUCUAGUUCUAACUUCCGAGAGUGUAAGUUCAGUUCCAUUUCCUUCUUGAGUAAUUGUUUCUCCCAGUCUGCUUAUCGCCAUUAUUAAUGUAUCUGGUGAUUUAGUUUGAAGGUCGUUCGUACCUACGUGUAAGACAACAUGGUUUGGUUUUUUCUGAAGUGUUGGUCUAACGUAAUGUAUCAUCUUAUCUACACCGGCCCCAGGAAAAGUUUUAAUUGUGACUUUAUGGUCCAAUCCGUGUUGAAUUUUCCUUGGAUUCAAGUGUUUUAACAUGGAGUCACCCAGAAUGGCAACAGUAGGGCGGUUGUGCUUUGUGUUCUUAGGUAUAUUUGCUUCUUUGACUUUCUGUGAAUCUUUUUUAGAGUGUCGGUUUCUUUCGUGCCGUUGGUCUUGUUUUUGGACUUGUGUCGUGGUAAUGUCAUCGCUACGGUUAUCAGAUACAUUAUUGCUGUCUGAUUCACUAUCGUCUACGUCCGAUAUACUUAAAGCAGUAUACUGAUUCUUUUGUUGCACGGAUUCUUUUGCUUCGACAUUUUUUGUACCAACAGGAUUAUGGGCCGAUGUAUUUCGUCCCUCCGUGGUCUUUUUGCGGUUGUUGACAACAUUCCAUGAUGCCUGUUGUUGUUCUUGAUCGUUUUGAAUAAUUUUAAUGACCGUAACUAAACUAUUCUUUUCGUUUUCCAAGUCCUUAACUUUUAAAUUCAGCUCGGACAUAACACACUUAUAGCUGUUGAUUUGCUCUUUAAGUGAAUCGUUUUCUUUUUUUAAUCUGGCAUUGUCUUUCGUGAGAAGUUUAUUAACAGCCAAUGACUGAUCGUUGACAGAAGAUUUAUUCAUGGCUUCGUUCUCUCCUCUUAUCAUUUUCUCAUUAUAUAACUCUAUUUUUGUCUCAUGUAUUUUGCUCUCGAGGUUGUUGAUCUUUUGUCCCAAUCUCUUCUCAAGUUUUUGCACAGUGUCAAGCAAAACUUUGAACUUGUCGUUUCCGUUUGUAUUUGUUAAGCUCUCAUCGCAAUUAGUGAUGCAAACGACUGAAUCGUCUUGGCCGGUUUCGUUUGUGUCGGUAUCGAUGUUGUUUGUCGUUUGAGAAUCAGCUUUAGUUAGGGUGGCAAGAAUUCGAAGUUGAGAUUUCAUAUCUUCGCUCAUGUUUCCGUUUAUAGUAAGUGAAUUAUUAUUUGAAUAUCAUCUAACCACGACCUCGUCCAAGUCCAGCAUUUUACAGUAACCGGUUGACAACCAUUUUGUCUCCUCUGUAAUUUCGUUCAUCAACGUUUUUAGGCUUUCGAAGCUGCCGUGCCAUUUGAAUUUCCCUUUUUCAUUAACUGUGAGGUUGUUCACUUGGCUAUUCACUUCACUUGCGUGAUUAUCAUUAUCAGUUGUAUUUUCGUGUAGAUUUUGUUCAAGUGUGGAACUGUUCAACACACGUCUGUCCGCCAUCAGUAACUGACUGGGAAGAAGACAAACAACUUAGAGCCGAUCUCAGUGAUUACGUUUUGCAAAAGUUGAGUAGAAAAGAGCUUUUGGACUUUGUUUCCCGUGAUUAUCCCCAAUAUGCAUAGAGCUUGGGAACUCUUAGUAGAAGACUGGCAUUUUUCGAUAUUAGGUACACAUGAUAUGACACUGAUGUGUUGACAUUUAUAAAGUAUUCAUCUGUCUAGUCUGUUCGGUUAUGUAUUUCCUCGUGGUGUGAACACUUUAUCAAAAUGUAAUCUUUUAUAUUAUCAAUAUGCGUUUGUACUUAAAGUUAUUCUGAUUAAAGUUAUACAAACAACAGGUUAUGGGCCCAGGAAGGCUCUUUUAUGUGUAAAAAGUACAAAUUUGCAUCAAAAUGGCGAUGUUGUCGGAUUUUCAGAAUGUGCUGAGAAUGACAAAAUUGGACGGGUCGAAUUAUCGAUCUUGGGCAUUUAAUAUGCAUCUUUAUCUGGAGAGUUUUGAUCUAUUUGGUCAUGUAGAUGAAUCGUUGGAACCUCCUGUGGAAGAUGCUACGGAAGCAGUGAAAAAAGCUUACCAAUUGGUGGCGAAGAAAGCGUGGAUACAAAUUUGUUUAGCUGUUGAGCCUGAGCAUCUAAUUCAUGUCAGAGAUACGCGUACCGCAAAGGAAGCCUGGGAUGCCCUGAAAAGCCAAUUCGCAUGCGAGUCCAUCUUACAGAAGGUGAGAUUGAGACAGCAAUAUUACUCUUGUCGAUUCCAAAGUGGGGAGAUAUGUUGGAACAUAUUAAUAAUUUGAGAUCGUUACAUGAUCAGUUAAAGGAAAUGGGGGUAAACAUAGAUGAUAAGGAGAUGGCAAUGACUGUACUUGCAAGCUUACCUGAAGAGUUUAAACCCCUGAUAACUGCACUAGAUGCUGUCGGUGAAGCUGAAUGACAGUGAUCGAUGGAAUGAUGCAAAGAAAUGUGAAGAUGCUUUUUCUAUCCAACGUGGGAAAGGAAAACAAUCUCAAGGUGGGGGAAACCAAGAAAACAAGAAAGAAAAGAAACAAGAGAAAACUUUCAGUGGAACUUGCUAUUUCUGCCAAGAACGAGGACAUUUUGCGAGAGACUGUCCAAAACGAAAGACACAAGAGAAUAGCAAUCAAGCAAAAGGGAAAGGAAAACGAUCUGCUCAUUGUGCAGAAAAUCAGAAAGGUAAUGAUGUAGCAAAUCUGGAAGCUUUAAUUACUUCUGAUGAUAAUAACAAGUCUGGUUGGAUAAUUGACUCAGGUGCAACACAGCACUUGACAUUCGAGAGACACCGGUUAACUGAGUUUGUGAUGUUCGAGCGACCAUGCAAAGCAAACCUCAGUGAUAACCGCAGUAUUUUGGCAUAUGGAAAAGGAACAUAUAAUCUAGUUGCAGAUCUCAAUGAUCAUAACCAGAACAUUGGUCUUCGUGAAGUUCUAUUUAUACCUGAUCUAGGGAAGAACUUGUUAUCUGUUAGAGCGAUGGUGAAAUUGGGUGCAUCAGUUAGUUUUGAAGGGGAUUUGUGUAAAAUCACAAGAAAUUCAAAGUUAUUGGCUAUGGGAGAAAUGUGUGGAAAGCUAUACAUCUUGAAAGCCAUACCUGGUAAAGAGUAUAUCAAUGUUGCAAAGGAAGAAUCAGAUAUGCAUCUUUGGCAUUGUCGGUUUGGGCAUUUGGGAAUUGAUGACGUUUCAAAGUUAGCUAAUAAUAAUAUGGUUAAUGGGAUGAAUGAUGUUGCAGAUAAUGGACUGAGUCCAUGUGAAUCCUGCAUAAUGGGGAAACAACAUCGAACAGCCUACCCAAAGGGGGCACCUUAUCGAGCAACUGAACCAUUCGAAAUUGUGCACAGCGAUGUGUGUGGUCCUAUGCAUGUCAAAUCAUUUGGAGAUUCACAAUAUAUGGUAACUUUUAUCCAUGAUUAUUCAAGAUAUACCUAUGUGUACUUCAUGAAGCGUAAGAGUGAAGUACUAGAGAAGUUCAAGGAGUUUGUUAAUUAUGUGACAAACAGUUCUGGAAAGAAAGUUAAAAUUCUCCGUUCAGAUAAUGGUGGUGAAUAUUGUUCGAGAGCGUUUGUUGAUUAUCUGAAGGAAAACGGAAUUGUCCAUCAAACUAUGGUGCCCUAUAAUCCUGCACAGAAUGGCGUGGCUGAACGGAUGAAUUGGACACUUUUAGAGACUACGCGUUCCAUGAUGUCUCAUUCAAAGAUACCAAGCGAGUUUUGGGCACAGCAUUUGCCCAUAUUCCCGAGCAUAUGGGAAAGAAGCUGGAAGAGAAAUCUCGUAAGUGUGUAUUUGUUGCAUAUCCUGAAGGAACGAAAGGUUACAAGCUGUUUGAUCUGUCUAAGAAAUCAUUUAUCCAAAGCAGAGAUGUGAUAUUUGAUGAGAAGAAGUUUAAUGAGUUUAACAGUAAACACUCAUCUAAACCAAGUUCCGAUUUCUAUUACCCAGCAAGUGUAGCUGAUGAGAAAGAUGCUGAUGAUCAAGUUGCUGACGAACAUGUAAUUCCUGUACCUGUUCGUGAAAACCGUAACCAACCAGUGGGAGAAACCUAUGAAGAUACCGAAGAGAAAGAAGACCUCCAGUCAGAUUUGGUGAAGAGCUGUAUGCCGCUGAUGACCUUACUGCAGACAUAAAUGAACCAAGAAACAUUUCUGAAGCGUGGGAAAAUGAGUAUUGUGUCCAAUGGAAGGAAGCAACUGAUGUGGGGUAUAAUUCAUUGAUCGAGAAUGAUACAUGGGAACUUGUUCCGUUACCAGAAGGAAAGAAUAUCGUUGAUAGUCGUUGGGUUUUUAAAGUUAAGCAAGAUGCGAAUGGAUCUGUACAACGGUAUAAAGCACGACUUGUAGCACAAGGAUAUUCGCAAGCCAAAAGUGUUGAUUACCAAGAAGUAUUCACUCCAGUUUUGCGAAACACCUUCAUUAGAUCUUUAUUGGCACUUGCAAACACAUGUGAUUGGGAGAUACACCAGAUGGACGUAAAAACAGCAUUUCUUCAAGGUGACCUUGAAGAGGAUAUUUACAUGAAACAGCCAGAGGGUUAUGUAAAUAAAGACAAUCCAAAUCUUGUUUGCAAAUUAAAGAGAAGUCUGUAUGGUUUGAAGCAAGCUGCCCGGUGCUGGAACUCAGCAAUCGAUAGUUUUUUGAAGUCAGAUGGUUAUAAACAAGUUGGUGCUGAUCCUUGUUUGUACAUUAAGUCUAUAAAGUCUAUAAAGCAACCAAAUGGCAAGAUCAACUUUGUGAUUUUAUCCAUCCAUGUUGAUGAUAUCUUGUUGUUUUCCAACAAUGUUGAUAUGUUGAAUGAAGAGAAGCUAUCACUUGGUACAUGAUUCAAGAUUUAGUUGAAGUCAACUAUGUUCUUGGUAUGUUGGUGAAACGCGAUCGGAAAUUGAGAACACUCAUAAUCAGUCAACCAAUAUGCCUAGAAGGAAUCCUGAAAAGAUUAAACAUGGAACAUUGAAAAAAUGGUUCUACAGCCAUGGAACAAGGCAGGCAAUUUCACGAGUUACCAGAAAACGAGAGUGCUGUUGAUGUUCAAGAAUAUCAAAAGAUUAUCGGAUGUUUGACGUAUGUGAAGACUGCUACAAGACCUGAUCUUGCAUCCGCAGUUAGUAUUCUGUCAAAAUAAUAUGUCUAAACCUAGCAAGGAACACUGGCAAGGUGUUAAGAGAGUUCUAAGAUAUAUCAAAGGAACAAUCAAUUAUGGUCUUAUCUUCAAAGCUGAAGAUAACAAAGGAAUUUUAGCUGGUUACUCAGAUGCAGAUUGGGCUGGUGACAUUGAUACAAGGAGAUCGACAUCCGGUUAUGUUAUCCAAAUUUGUGGAAGUACUGUCAGCUGGUGCAGCAAGAGACAAUCAUCUGUGUCAAAAUCUCUGUGUCAAAAUCGUCGACCGAAGCCGAAUAUAUAGCACUAAGUGUGGCAAGUCAAGAAGCUGUGUGGCUAAGUAGAUAAUUGAAAAAUGUUGGAGUGAAGCAAGUCAAACCAAUUCUUAUAUACGAAGAUAACCAAGGAGCCAUCGAGUUAUCAAGAAAUCCCAAAUUUCAUAAUCGUACCAAACACAUUGAUAUAGCAUACCACUUCAUUCAAGAAAAAGCGAAGGACAAAGGUAUGUAUGUUAAAUACUGUGAGACAGAACAAAUGCUAGCAGAUAUAAUGACUAAACCAUUGUCAAAAGUAUUGUUUGAAAAAUUCAUAGACAUGUUAGGUGUUGAAGAAGUACAUUGACAAUUUUGUGACAUUAUAGUAUAUCAUUAAGUGGGAGUGUUGACAUUUAUAGUUUAAUGAUAACGAGACACUAUAAUGUAGUUUACAUAAAGUAUUCGUCUGUCUAGUCUGUUCGGUUAUGUAUUUCCUCGUGGUGUGAACACUUUAUCAAAAUGUAAUCUUUUAUAUUAUCAAUAUGCGUUUGUACUUAAAGUUAUUCUGAUUAAAGUUAUACAAAACAACCUGAUGUCGAUGUCGUGACUGAUGCUGUUCGCAAAGAAUUAGAGGGUCCUGGACAGUUGUUAGGAUACUGUGCAGUUCAUAAAAAACUUGGAGAACAGCAUAACCUAGCUGUACCGCAUAAUCUGGUUUAUGAUGUUAUGGGUGUCAUAGAUGCAGAAGGGCUUGAAAGGCAUGGCAAUAUUGGAAAGAAAAAACGAAGAAGGGGAGCAACUGGCACCUUCACGUCACUGGUAAGAAAUUUCUAUUCAAUGCUACAAAAAAUAGAAUUGUAAAAAAGAUGGAGUUCUGCUUUGGUGCUUGGUAGAUAAAUAGGUUAUUAUAUAGUUAAUAGGUUAUUAGACACAUUUCUAUUAACCUAAUAUAUUAAAUAACCUAUUCACCUACCCAGCACAUACCAAAGCAGAACUCCAUAGACAUUACCAAUGUGGCAUUGCAGAUGAAAAUAGGUAAAAGGGCCAUAACAAAAAAUAUAGUUCAAAACAAUGAGAGCAGUGACAUACAAAGUGAUGACAUUGAAUAUGCCUUAAGUUAAAGAAGAAACGUUAGCUUUCCAUAAAAUGUUUUAAACUAUAUUUUUGCUAUGGCUCUUUUACAUAUAUUCAGAUGGCAUUAAUAUUUAUUUUAAGUGGCAUUUAACAGUAAGUACAUACUUGAAAACACCCCCCAAAUAAAUAUUUUAUAUGGAAUAUUAUAACGAAAUUUUAAAAAACAUCUUUAUUAAAAAUAGGGACCUAAUCAUAUGCAUUCUUGUGAUGAACAUGAUAAGCUAAUGGGUUUUAUGAAAGACACCUUUCCCUUGGCAGUUUAUGGUAUGCUAGAUGUAUUUAGUGGCUACAUCCUAUAUUUGAAAUUGUGGAAUUCAAAUUCUAACCCCAAGCUUGUUGGACGAUGGUAUUUGGAGCAUCUUUAUAAUACAAGAGGUAAUUUAAUUAAUAUACAAAUAAUAUACUUUAUGCAAUUCGUUUGUCCCUGGCCUGGUAAAAAUUUUCACUAAAAUUAAUCAUUCUCUCUCUCUACUUAUGUAUAAAAGGUUUUAUGAAUGAAGCAAUAUUUUGUACACCCUCCCUUAUAGAGCUAGUUAUAGUGGUCAUUGUUUCAUAAGAAUUGCAUGCCCUCCCUGUAUAAAAACUUUAAUAUAUAUUUUACUUUUACAUUCCCCCGAGCUGACGGCGCGGCGCCAUGCGAGGGUACUUAAUUCCCCCGGCUAUUUACACCUGGGGAAACGAAAGCAUUAGUGAAGUCUAAAGUUCAUCAAACAUCGCGGGCGUCGGUCACUGUGCGUGGGUGGUCAUCCUCACAGAUCUCAAGAAUAUGGUGGACUGUCAUGAAUAGCGAACACUGUGAUUGGUCCAAUUUAAAGUUUGCAUUAUAAUGACUAAACCUAAACGACAACAGCGAAAUAGCAAACAUUUCUUGAUUUGAUGAUUGAUGAAUUUCUUGCAAAUAUAUUUCAUUAUUGCUCGCAUUUGUGCAGGAUUCUGUGAAAUUUCAAGAAACAAAGGGCGAAAGAAUCUGCUAAAAGAAGGGAGCCAACGUUAACGAAGGUAAGUUUGUUUUAAAUAUUAAUUUUUGCUUUAAAACCCGACGGCCUUUGCGUAUAUGAAACAACUAAACAAGACCACAUAUAAUUUCAUUGUAUCUUUAAUAUUGAUUCCCUUUUUUAGUGCAGAUUUUCUUUGAAAUUGUGCACUAUUGUGAUGACUGGGAAAAUUCACAUCAGUCAGUCAAUUAGUCAUAGUGCUAACUUUCCGGGGGGUGUACUAUGUGUAUACGAUUUGUUUGUAGUGAUUUAUUGUGCUUUGAAGGUUAUUUUGGCAAUUUCAGUUGUUUUAUUUAAAUAUUCUUUUGUCCUUUUGCCAAGUUCACAAACAUUUCGAGGAAUCGUUGUCAUUGUAAAUUUUUGUAAAUUUUAUAACAUUCUCUUCUCAUGUUCUGUGAAGGAUCUUUCCCCUGGAAAGCCUAUGGCCAAACCUGUGAACAUUGCGGCCGCCUUAAGCACUUCAAGAAUGUUUGUCGCAGCAAGGAUAAACCCAAACGACGAGCACCCUCUCAUGCUGGCGAAGGUGCAGUAUUUGAUACCUUAUGCUCAACAACCGGCAACAGCCAACCCCUUCGCAACCAGGUUUUGCUCGAUCACCACCUAUACGACAACCUCAACAAUCGCUGGACCAAACAACCCUCUCAACUUCAACCAUUCAUCAAGCUUACAGCUACAGUCCACCCCGAUGACUACCAAGCUUUAGGAUUCCAACCCGUAACUCGACAAAUCAAAACCAGAACCCUCUCCGCGAUGGCAGACACUGGCUGCCAAAGUUGUUUAGCUAGUAUGAACGUUGUUCGCCGCCUCGGCCUGCGUGAAGAUGACCUGAUACCAGUUACCAUGCGCAUGCACGCAGCAAACAACAACGGUAUCAAAAUAAUCGGUGCAGUGAUCCUGCGAUUCUCGGGACAAUCUACCUCUGGACAGUCCCUACAAACCCGCCAAAUUGUCUAUGUCACACAUGACUCUGACAAGUUAUUCCUUAGCCGAGAAGCCUGUACAAGUUAUUCCCUGCCCUGGGCUUAAUCUCUUCCACAUUUCCCACCUUUGGCGAAAGUCCCUGCCCACCCACGGACCCCGAGACAGCCUCUGCAACAGAACUUCACCCACCAACGCAACCCAAACCCCCCAACGAACCACCCAUUCCAUCCUGUGGUUGCCCGCAUCGCAGAACACCACCACCUAAACCAACACAACUCCCAUUCCCAGCCACGGAAGACAACUGAAAAUGCCUACAACAAUGGCUACUUGAUUACUACGAGUCAAGCUCAUUCAACACCUGUGAGCACCAACCGCUACCCCUAACGGAAAGCAUCCCCAUGCGACUCAUGGUUGACCCAAAUGCAACACCUGUUGCCCACCACAACCCUGUCCCUAUCCCACUUCACUGGCAAGCAGAGGUGAAAGCUGGCUUGGACCAUGAUGUUGCCUUGGGUGUUAUCGAACCCGUAGGAUGGUCGUGUGUGCAAAGAAAACUGGGAAACCUCACCGCACGAUCGACUUUCAAGCCCUCAACGCUCAUGCAACCAGGGAGACCCACCACACUCAGAGCCCCUUCCACCAGGCCCGCUCCAUCCCAAGUGAUACCAAGAAGACAGUCUUUGACUGUUGGAAUGGCUAUCACAGUAUCCCACUACACAAAGACGACCAUCACCUCACAACCUUUAUCACACCAUGGGGCCGAUAUAGGUACAAAACUGCUCCGCAAGGCUAUAUAGCCUCUGGUGACGGUUAUUCACAAAGGUUUGACGAACUAGUCGCCCAUGUGCCAAACAAAACCAAGUGUGUCGACGACACUUUUCUUCCAGGCAGUCGAUUGGUUGGACCUAUGUGGCCACCAUGGCAUCAUACUGAACCCGGAAAAGUUCGUCUUUGGAGCUGACACCGUGGAAUUUGCUGGAUUCGAAAUUACCCCUGACAGCGUGCGUCCUUGCAAGAAAUUCCUAAAUGCAAUCCUCAACUUCCCGAAACCUACCAACAUAACCGACAUCCGAUCUUGGUUCGGUCUAAUCAACCAAGUCUCUUAUGCCUUCUCCUCCACAGAACGAAUGCUCCCAUUCCGCGAGUUACUUAAGCCUGGCUCGACAUUCCAUUGGACUCCUGAGCUAAACACCUUAUUCGAGGAAUCCAAAUCAGUGAUCGUCAGCGAAAUCGAGAGAGGUGUACAGAUCUUUGACAAAUCAGAACGAACAUGCUUGGCAACAGAUUGGUCAAAAAAUGGCAUUGGAUUUUGGUUAUUCCAAAAACAUUGUACCUGUGAUUCCACUGACACGUUCUGCUGCCCAACCGGGUGGAAAGUCACACUAGUCGGCAGUCGUUUCACCCAUGCCGCAGAAUCGCGAUAUGCGCCAAUAGAAGGAGAAGCUCUGGCCGUAGCUGAUGCUCUCGACAAGGCCAGAUUCUUUGUCAAGACAGGCUGUACCGACCUAAACAAUCGCUGUUGA